CCAAUAACAAAACAAAGCACUCCAGAGACUUGAAUGGUACCACAAAAGCCAAGUCUUCUCUCUUGAGUGAGUCUGUCAACUCCACCACCAUUUAAGAUUCAUUCACAGUUUCACACUCACAAAAGCUUUAGUUCAGAAACAAUGGCGGAGAGCAAGACUGUGCACUCGCCAUUGGUGACCUACGCUUCCAUGCUUUCACUGCUUACUCUCUGCCCUCCAUUUGUCAUUCUACUAUGGUAUACAAUGGUACAUGCUGAUGGCUCUCUUUUCCAAACUUGGGAGUACUUGAGACAAAAUGGGCUGCAGGGGUUUAUUGACAUAUGGCCAAGACCUACUGCCAUUGCCUGGAAAAUCAUCGCAUGUUAUGCUGCUUUUGAGGCUGCACUUCAGCUGCUUUUACCUGGAAGAAGGGUUGAGGGACCAAUAUCUCCGACUGGGAAUCGGCCUGUCUACAAGGCAAAUGGUAUGGCAGCAUACUUUGUGACAUUGACUACGUACCUUGGCCUUUGGUGGUUUGGGAUAUUCAACCCUACAAUUGUUUAUGAUCAUUUGGGAGAAAUAUUUUCGGCCCUCAUUUUUGGUAGUUUAGUGUUUUGUGUUCUCCUGCACAUAAAAGGUCACUUGGCGCCGUCUUCCACAGAUUCUGGCUCUUCUGGGAAUGUAAUAAUUGAUUUUUACUGGGGCAUGGAACUGUAUCCACGAAUUGGUAAAAACUUUGAUAUCAAAGUUUUCACGAACUGUAGAUUUGGGAUGAUGUCCUGGGCCGUUCUUGCUGUGACCUAUAGCAUAAAGCAGUAUGAGUUGAAUGGGAGAGUGGCUGAUUCAAUGCUUGUAAAUACCAUACUGAUGCUGGUGUAUGUCACAAAGUUCUUUUGGUGGGAGGCUGGAUACUGGAAUACAAUGGAUAUUGCACAUGAUCGAGCGGGAUUUUAUAUUUGCUGGGGUUGCUUGGUCUGGGUUCCAUCUAUUUAUACCUCUCCUGGCAUGUACUUGGUCAACCAUCCUAUAAAUCUUGGCACUCAGCUAGCACUUUUUAUUUUGGUUGCGGGGAUUCUCUGCAUAUACAUCAACUAUGAUUGCGACAGGCAAAGGCAAGAAUUUCGCAGAACAAAUGGCAAAUGUUUAGUCUGGGGGAGAGCUCCAUCAAAGAUAGUUGCUUCAUACACUACAACAUCUGGGGAAACAAAGACGAGCCUUCUCUUAACCUCAGGAUGGUGGGGUUUAUCUCGCCAUUUUCAUUAUGUGCCAGAAAUAUCAGCUGCCUUUUUCUGGACUGUUCCGGCUCUUUUCAAUCAUUUUCUACCAUACUUUUAUGUGGUGUUUCUCACCAUCCUUCUAUUAGACCGAGCAAAAAGGGAUGAUGAUCGAUGUCGAUCCAAGUACGGGAAAUACUGGAAAUUAUAUUGUAAGAAGGUACCCUACAGAGUCAUUCCUGGAAUUUACUGAAGAAUCUUCUAAAUGGUGCUUUUCUUUGAACUUGCCCUUGUUAUUCAUAGCUCAUUUGGUAACUGAGAACGCUAUGUAUAUCACUCCCCUUCAACUUAUUGCUCUUGCUAAGCCUUUCUUGGCGAUGUAAAAGUUUUGAUGCGUUGUGAUAUUAGUCUUUUUGACUGACCAAAGAAAUCUCGGUUUUGUGA